GUAUACUCGAACUCCCCGGAAGCCCUCCUCCGGACAUCGAGGCCGGCGAGGACGAAAGGGAGAUGGGUCCUCCCGCCCAGUGUGUCAUCGAAGUGGGGGAAGAGAAGAGCGAAGCACGGACAAGAGGAGGAGGGGGAGGAAGCUGGCGAUGGGUUCAGUUUGGCGCAGGCUUCGCGCCCCAGUGGUUCGAGGAGGACGCGCAGAUCCUCGAAGAAGAGAUUUCUGCGGCGCCUAGGCAGGAAUCCAUGCCCUCUGACGACCAACUGGCCCGCGAGACCGUGCUCUCGGUCCUCGAAAGAGCGGCUGACAGAGCACAGAAGGCAGAAGACGUAGCGAGACAGCGCCAGGCGAAGGCGCAGCUGCUUCGCCGGCAGCAGUCGGAGCUCCUGGCAAGGGACAAGGCCUUGGCGCUGGCCGAAGCUGUUCAGCAAGAAGAGGUCGAGCGGCUUCGGAAGGAAGAGCGAGCAAAGGAGGAGGCCUUGGCCGAAGAGGCUGCGAGGCAAGCCGAAGUUGAGCGGCUUUGCAAGGAGGAGGCAGAGAGAGCGGGCGAGCUUGCCCGAAAUUCUCCUCCGGACACCGGCGAGGGCGACGUGGGAGGG